GUGGCCAAUGAAAUUGAAGGCUCGGCUCUCCAUACCGCUCUCUGAUUGGUCCAGAAUCCCGGAAUAGGCGUUAACCGGGACGAGGCAAUGGCAAGAUGGCGUCCCUGGAUCGGGUAAAGGUACUGGUGUUGGGAGACUCAGGUGUUGGGAAAUCUUCACUAGUCCAUCUUCUAUGCCAGAAUCAAGUGCUGGGAAAUCCAUCAUGGACUGUGGGCUGUUCAGUGGAUGUCAGAGUUCAUGACUACAAAGAAGGAACCCCAGAAGAAAAGACCUAUUACAUAGAGUUAUGGGAUGUUGGAGGCUCUGUGGGCAGUGCCAGCAGUGUGAAAAGUACAAGAACAGUCUUUUACAACUCUGUAAAUGGUAUAAUUUUAGUCCAUGACUUAACAAAUAAAAAGUCAUCUCAAAACUUGUAUCGUUGGUCACUGGAGGUUCUCAAUAGGGAUUCGGUGCCAACAGGAGUCUUGGUGAUGAAUGGGGAUUAUGAUCAGGAAAAGUUUGCUGAUAACCAAAUCCCACUGUUGGUAAUAGGAACUAAACUGGACCAGAUUCAUGAGACCAAGCGCCAUGAAGUUUUAACUAGAACUGCUUUCCUGGCUGAGGAUUUCAAUGCAGAAGAGAUUAAUUUGGAUUGCACAAAUCCACGGUACUUAGCUGCAGGUUCUUCCAAUGCUGUCAAGCUCAGUAGGUUUUUUGAUAAGGUCAUAGAGAUGAGAUACUUUUUAAGAGAUGGUAAUCAGAUUCCAGGCUUGCCUGAUAGAAAAAGAUUUUGGGGAGGAACAUUUAAGAACCUUCAUUAUGACUGAAUUACAGUCAUCCUUUGGAAGAAUAAGAAGACAGUUGGCAAUUUUCACAGCUUUCCUUUUGCUGUGUAAGUUAUUAACAUCUCAGACUUAGGACAAAACCAUCGUAAGACACUACCCUUCAGCCUCAUUUGUUAAUGGAAAAGUGAAAGUAGAUGACAACGUGGGAGAUCCAAACUGUGUCCCUGUUCUCAAGUGUUCCUCACCCUUUCUGUCCCUGUCUAGAGAUUAUGUAAAAGCCUUGUAGAAAUAUGAGAUACUGUAUUGUCAGAAUGAUGCAGUAAAUGAGCAGUGACAGUGCUGCAGAGAAAAUUUCCUCUUGCCUGGAACUGGAGGGUUUUUAUGGGUGUGUAAUUUUCCUACACUCAUUUCUGAAAGCUUUUAAUUAAGUACUUCAAAAAAAUCUC